AUGAGACUCAAUCGCACCAUAUCGGUCGUGGGCUGCCACUGUGCCGGCGAGGUUGGCGAUGUCAUUGUCGGUGGGGUUCUCAAUCCACCUAACUGCAAGACCAUGUAUGAAAAGCUCGUCUAUUUCCAGAAUGAGGCCGACGACGUCCGACAACUCCUGAUGAACGAACCACGAGGCCGACCGGCUAUGUGCAUGAACGUCGUCCUCCCACCCUGCGACCCUCGCGCCGAUGCCGGGUUUAUUAUUAUGGAGAGCGACGAGUAUCCUCCCAUGUCAGGCGGUAAUACUAUCUGCACGGCGACGGUGCUGUUGGACACGGGCAUGGUGAAAAUGACGGAGCCUGUGACGAAGCUGGUCCUGGACACACCGUCGGGUCUAGUCGGGGUAACGGCAGAUUGUGAAGAUGGGAAAUGCAAAGCUAUCUCCUUUGAUAAUGUGCCCAGCUUUGUAUACAAAUUGGAUCUUCCGGUGGAGGUGCUUGGGUUGGGGACGGUGAAGGUUGAUAUUGCCUGGGGUGGAAUGCAUUAUGCCAUCGUGGAUGCUCGGUCGAUCGGUCUCAAGAUCGCCAAUGAGAAUGGUCCGAAGCUGAUUGAACUGGGCGAGAGAAUCAAACAGGCCGUGAGAAACACCUAUAAACCGGUUCAUCCAGAAAAUGACCAGAUCCGGGAGGUGACGAUUGUUGAGUUCACCGAGCCACUGCAUCAAAAGGGUGACAAGAGGGUUGCUGUGAACACGGUGGUAGUAUCCCCCGGCAGGUUUGAUCGAUGCCCUUGCGGCACAGGAAGCUCAGCCAGGAUGGCUGUCUUACACGCCAGAGGCGAGCUUCAAGCAGGGGAGAGUUUUGUCCACCAGAGCAUCAUCGGAUCUACUUUCACCUGCCAUAUACGAGGAACCACCACGGUCGGCCAAUAUGACGCGGUCUUACCAACCGUCAAGGGCAGUGCCUGGAUCACAGGUUUCAAGCAGAUGGUCUUGGACCCAUCCGACCCUUUUCCGGCUGGCUUCCGGGUGGGUGAUCAGUGGCAUGUUCGUCAGCAGCAGUGA